UAGAGAAUGAUGACGCGUCGCAAUGACGAUAGAAGACUCUCGUACUCCUUCGACCGCUAUAAACUGCGAUGGUGUACUAUAAGAAACGUAUGGUGGUAGUACAAACGGUUGGCUGACUGGCAGUCUUAAGUUACAGGUGGGGAUUUGAGACCAACACCAGGAAUAUGACUUCCUGUCUCAAGUAGAUGGUCUUCAGUAUUCGAUAAACGCUUCUUUAACUCGCACGCUCAGCUUGAGCGAUCUAGUGUGCCGCAAUUAAUAAAUUUAACAUUGAAGUUUGUUGUUAAAUAUCUAAAUAAAAUUUAGACGUGAUGAUAGUCAUGUAAUCGAGCCACUUAAUUUUCAUUUGAGACAUUUGGUUCAUUAAAAUUUUUUAUUGUGCUAAAAGUGUCUUCUAAAGUGUUGAUUGCUCUUAGUGUUAUAGUCAAUAGAAAAUCAAACAAUGGAAUCACGAGGACUUUAUUAUUUUUAUAUUGCUCUUUUACUUCUUUUUAUAGUUCGAGGGAGCAGAUCAACAGGGUGUGGAUAUCCAGGAGCACCUGCUCAUAGUCAUGUCAGAUUUUCUGGUGACAGUCUUGAAGACGUCCUUGAUGAGGAAGAAUCCUUGAUUAAAGAGACAUCAUUUUCCAGUGGGACAGUAGCUACAUAUUCAUGCGAACGAGGAUUUGAACUUCUUGGUCCAUCACGAAGACAAUGUCAACCAGAUGGAACAUGGACUCCAGAAGGAGUUCCAUUUUGUGUGCUCAAUGUCGCUGGAGGAAAAGCGCCAAUGCAAUCUAGUAGUGCAGAUGGUGGGAUUCCACAAAAGGCUGUUGAUGGUAGCAGUGGUCAAGUUUACAACCCUCAAACAUGUACUUUGACUAGGGCAGAGCUAAAGCCCUGGUGGUACGUCAAUCUUCUUGAACCAUAUAUGGUCCAAUUGGUUAGACUUGAUUUUGGGAAAGCCUGUUGUGACGGAGUUUCAGGAACGAUAGUUGUACGAGUUGGUAAUAAUCGGCCGGAUCUUGGGACAAAUCCCAUUUGUAAUAAAUUCACUGGACCUUUAGAAGAAGGGCAACCGCUAUUUCUACCAUGUAAUCCACCCAUGCCUGGAGCUUUCGUUUCUGUGCAUCUAGAAUCUUCUUCUUCUCCUCCUACACCUGUUCAAUUGUCACUUUGUGAAGCUUUUGUAUAUACUGAUCAGGCUUUACCUAUUGAAAGAUGUCCUCAAUUCCGAGAUCAACCCCCUGGAUCAACAGCAACAUAUAAUGGAAAAUGUUACAUAUUCUACAAUAGACAACCCAUGCCAUUCCGUGAAGCUCUCGCUUUUUGUCGGGCUCGAGGAGGAAGUCUCGUAGAUGAAAGUAAUCCUGCUUUGCAAGGAUUUAUCUCGUGGGAAUUAUGGAGAAGACAUCGUAGUGAUACUUCAAGCCAAUAUUGGAUGGGUGCUGUAAGAGAUUCAAAAGACAAGUCUGUUUGGAGGUGGACUGGAAGUGGUGAUGAAGUAGCAGUUUCUUUCUGGAGUCUUCCACAAGGCACUCAGGAAGAUUGUGCUCGAUAUGACGGUAGUAGAGGUUGGCUUUGGUCAGAUACUCCUUGUACCGCACGACUCAAUUAUAUUUGUCAACAUCAACCGAGAGCUUGUGGUAGACCAGAACAACCACCAAACUCAACAAUGGUAAUUACGAAUCUUCAAUCAACAGACUCUCCAGGAAAUAAUUACCAAGUUGGUGCAACAGUUGCUUACAAUUGUAAUGCAGGAAGUCUGUUAAUCGGCCCGGCGACUCGCACCUGCUUAGACACAGGAUUUUAUAAUGAGUUUCCUCCAGUUUGUAAAAGUAUAGAGUGUGGUUUUCCAGCAAGUAUAAAGCAUGGAGAAUAUACACUUAUUAAUAAUACUGUCAAUUAUUUAAGCCAAGUCUUGUAUUCUUGUGAAGAUGGAUAUGAAAUGACUGGGCGAGCAAGACUGACUUGUGAUAUUGAUGAACGCUGGAAUGGGCCUCCACCGAGAUGUGAACCUAUCCGUUGUGAUCCUCCAGCAGUUGUAGCACACAGUACAAUAAAAAUUGAAGAAAUGAAUGGAGAAGAAAGUCAAGAAAAAACUGGAAAUCAAACCCUUCUUGUUGGUAGCAUUGUUACUUACACUUGUGAGAAAGGAUAUAAAUUAUCUGGAUUCCGUCAAAUACUUUGUCUACCAACUGGAUUAUAUGACCAUUCUGCUCCAACUUGUACAGAAGACAAUAAAGGAUCAACAACACCAGCAAGAUCAACUGUGAGGCCGACAAUAACUAGAGGGAAACCAUUCUUCCCUCCGAGAAUUCGUACGACAACUACAGAAGCUACAACAACUACAACAACCGAGACGGUAGAAGAAAUUUCAACUAAAAAAUAUGUUGCAAAUGCAGAACAUCCCGCAACUGUAAGGGAAUCAACAGGAAGAAAACCAACAAUUGCAGUACAAAAAACUUCAUCGUCAGGAGUUUUAAAUGACGAUGAUCAUCCUCAGGACAACGAAAUAUCUGGAAGUGGUGUUGAUAAUGCUCGGGCUAAGGUAGCUGCCGGAGUUGCAGAACCAACUGGACCUUUCAGAGUAGAUAGAUCAGAUUCUCCAACUCAUCAAGCCAAAUUAAACCUUGGUGCAGUGAUCGCUCUUGGAGUUUUUGGUGCUUUUGUUUUUCUAGCAGCCGUGACUACAACUAUUGUGAUUUUGAUACGCAGGAAUAGAGGAAGCCGAAGUAAACAUUACCGACAUCGUGCCUCACCAGAUUGUAAUACUGUUGCCAGUUUCGACAGCAGCUCAUCAGAAAGUCGUGGAGGACUGAAUAGAUAUUAUAGACAAGCUUGGGAAAAUCUUCAUGAAUCAACUGGACAAAAAGCUAAUCAUCAUCCUUUACGAAGAAAAGAAACUCUUGACGAUCCAGCUUUUCGUGAUAAUUAUCGUCAUCCUGACAAUACCUCUGAUCUUGGUGAUGUUACUGGUCUUUCUGGAAAACAACAUGUUAGUGACAAGAAACGACACCAUCAUCAUCAUCACCAUCAUCAUGGUAAUUCAACACCAGAAUGGCGACAGUCUCAGUCUCACCACCGAUAUUGAGUUUUUUUAAUGAAUAUAAUUGAAUUUUAACAUAUUAAGGAUAUCUUACUUUAAAGAAUUAACGUACUAUUGUAAAUAAUUUGAGUUCGUGUUGCGGUUCAGGAAUAAUCCUGAAGGAACAUGCCAAAAAUAAUCUACACUAUUUAUAAUACUUCAAAAUAAUUUGUAGGCGCGGUUAAAAACUCAGCUUGACAAUUUUCAUCACCAGGAAUUUAUGUAUUUUAUUCGUUUUCAUUAUUAGUCCGCAAUGGCCACCUUGGCCUCACCUUUAUUUAGAGUCAGGGAGACUUAAGGUUAGGCUAAUGUUGUUCAUUCGGUGUAAAAAAUUAUCGUUUUCUUAAUGAUUACGAUCAAUAUUUAGCUAUUGAGUUUUUUUCUAUUUUACGACUGAAUUUUUAAUGAGCCUAAUAUUUUCUUUAACAAAGAAUUCAAGUGUAAAAACUUGUUGUGUU